GCUGGUUUCUGAUCAGUUGAUAGCCAGGAGAGAGACCGCAUUGACUCGAAGAACGCACUGGAAGAGUUUGUUCUAAACAUUCGCGGCCGCGUCAACGAUUCUGACGACUUGGAAUGUUAUAUUGAGUCAAAUGUUCGAGAUUAACUAUUUCAAAUGGCCGAUACCACUGAAAGUUGGCUUUAUGAUGAAGGCGAAGACUGCAAGAAAAACGAAUACGUCGACAAAUUGCAGCAGCUUCAGAAUUUAGCUGCUGUACAGGCCCGUAAGCGUGAUCAUGAAAGCACUCCUUGUGCCGCCGAAAUGUUUGCUGCUUCGUUGAAUCGUUUCAAGAAAGCGUACACUGCUUACAAUAGCGGUGAUGCAGCCUACGAUCACUGGACGCCCGAAGAAGCAAAGAAGUUGGAACUAGCAAUUGCUAAAAAAGUUUCUUGGUUGGAUGCCAACAUCAGCCGUGUGAAGGCAACUCUUAAGACUAAGGACUUGCCUAUCAAAGCCGCUGCCUUCCAUAGCGAACAGCAGGCUUUUGAAAGCAGCAUGAAUCCAGUUUUGAACAAACCCAAACCACAGCCUCCUGCCCCACCGGCUUAAACUGCACAGUCGUGCAAGCCAGAGGAUGCUGCCAACGGCUCAACAAUAGUGCUCGCAGAAUUGAUCCGUGGACCGCAGUCCCGAAUCCAUCAUGCGAAGUUAAUUGGCCGUGCACCACCAACUUAUAUCGGAUGUGCGCUCCGUAUUGAAAACCAUUGCUAAAUUUCAUAAAGCUUUACAUAAUUUUGCUAGGACAAUCAUGUGUAAGUGGUGUAUAAAAUGAAAUGCGUGUUGAAUACAAAUUUUAAAUCGC